AUGGCUGGUGUACUUAAAUUUGUUUACAAUGUUGUUUUAAUUAUAAUAGAUAUCCCUUUUAUUUCAUUUAUAAUAAUAUUAAGAAUAUUGAAUGUCAAACUUCGUAAAACUGAAAAAAAUAUUGUAUGUUCUUUAUCAGAAAAAUUUCAGAUUACUGAAAAUAUAAAAUUAACGGGUGUAUGUGUUACACUUAUAUCAAUAAUAUUUUCAGUAACAAUUAUAACAAAUAUUAAUAAUUCUUUAGGAAAUUCUGUGGUUUUAUAUCAAGAUAGAGUAAAUAUUGGUUAUCUUGUCAAACAUGUUUUCUUUUUUAUAGCAUUAAUUUUAACAAUUAGAGAUUACAAAAAAUUAUUUGCCAAAGAUACUACAUUUAAAAUUACAAAUAAAAAUGAAAGUGAUACUCAAAAAAAUAAUCCUACAAUUAUAAUGAAAAAUACAGAACAAGAUCAAUAUUUUGAAAUUUUUAACAAACAACAUGACAAAGCACUUAAAAAAAAGAAACAAGCAACAUAA